CUCUGCUGGUCAACGUAACUUCUCUAAUUUUCUUUGCAGUAAAACGAUUUAAGGAACCAAAGGAAGAGAGGCGUCCCUGGAGGAUAUGGUUUUAUGAUACCUCCAAGCAAGCAAUAGGUGCCCUCUUCAUCCACUUUGCCAAUGUUUUUCUGUCGGAUCUCACUGAAGAGGACCCUUGCUCUCUCUACCUUAUUAAUUUCAUCCUCGAUGCCACACUGGGGAUGCUGCUGAUCUGGCUCGGCGUGAAAGUUGUCUCCUGGGUCGUGCAGCACAAGAAGUACACGUACCUGGUCUUUGGAGAAUACGGUGACCCUCCACAAGCUGCUGCCUGGAUUGGCCAGUGUAUCCUCUACUUGCUGAUAAUGGUUUUUGAGAAGACUGUGAUUAGCCUUGUCCUGCUUAUCCCUGGUUGGACAAAGCUUCAGCAGAUCCUCCUGGGUUACAUCCCAAACCCCCAGCUGGAGCUUGUCCUGGUCAUGCUUGUUGUGCCUUUUAUAGUCAAUGCCAUAAUGUUCUGGGUUGUGGACAGCUUGAUCAUGAGGAAACAUAAGCAGAAGGACACCCUGGACAUCAAUGGCUCCAUAGAAACUCCUCGGCCUAGAAGGACUGAGGAAUCUCAGGUGUUACUGUCUCCAGACAUGGAUUUUGAUCAGUCUGAAAGCGACCAGGAUAUUUCAGGACUCCCAGGAACGAAUCAGAAGAUGAAGCAGCCCAGCUAUCAAGUGGUCAUCUGA